UUUGUUUGUUUACUUAAAUUUGAUUAGUCUUGAUCGAAAUCGUGAACUGAAUUUAAAAUGAUUUUGAUUAGGUAAUAUCGCAUUACAAAUCAAGUCAUUCAAAAUGUUAAAACGAGAAGAUUUUGAUGCUGGGCCGACCAGUUUAGAUAGUAUUGAGAAAGGUUUGUUUUUAGGAAACUUGACAGCAGCAACAGAUAAGAAUGUCAUAGAGGGAAACAAAAUAAACAGAAUUCUCACAGUUGACUCCUGUCCUCUGCCGCAAAAAAUCACAGAUAUUUCAGGAAUCAAAACAUUGUUUAUUCAAGUCACUGACCUACCCCAUGAAGAUCUUCUAGGACAUUUUGAGGAAGCUUAUAACUUUAUAAAAGAAGCACAAGACCGAGAUGAAAUCGUUUUAGUCCACUGCUACUUUGGCGUUUCCCGCAGUGCUACAAUUGUUAUCGCCUUCAUGAUGAAGAAAUACAGCCUUACCUAUUCCGAAGCACUUGAAAGAGUGAAGAGUCAACGUAGAUUUGUCGGACCAAAUGCAGGGUUCCAAGCUCAACUGGAGCUUUAUGAAAGGAUGGGUUACACUCUAGAUCGGAGUAACGCUCAGUACAGAAUGUAUCGGUUGAAACUGGCUGCUGAUAAAGUCAAGAAAGUGAAGAUACUGCCACUGGACUGCCUGGAUGUUAUCCAGCCGGAUCCAUCCCUGAUCCGAGUGAGUCCGGAUCCUUUGGUAUACCGCUGUUGUAGAUGCAGACGCAUCAUUGCGUCGGCUGCUAACUUGAUGCCGCACGUCCCGGGAGAGAGGCCGUCGUGGAAGGACCCGACGUGGCCGCAGCGUGUGAGAGAACAGAAGAUUUGUUCCGCCACACACUUCGUAGAGCCACUAGCCUGGAUGAAGACUGUGCUGAAUUCUGAGCAGGGCAAGCUGCACUGUCCCAAGUGUAAUAACAAGCUAGGCUCAUUCAGCUGGAUCAUGGGUUGCCAGUGCCCAUGUGGAUCCAAAAUUUCACCUGCGUUUUAUCUGGUGCCUUCUAAAGUGGAGUGGAGUAAUUUUGUUCAAAAUGUUCAGGUAACUGUAUAAACUCACAAGCUGCAACAAAAUGGUCGGAUUAUCAUAUACAAAUAGUUUUAAGAAAGUGUUUACAUAUAUGUAUAUUUUAUUGACUUUUCAUGAUAAUUUACCAGAACUUUAUACAUUACUUGUAGUGAGUUUUGAAUUUAUAAAUUUUUGCCAUUUACAAAUUUUAAUAUGUACAUUUAUUGUGUUUUAAUGUUACCUUAUUAGUGAACUUGAAUACCAGUUUAAAAGACUAUGCACGUAAUAUUUAUAUGUAGAACAAUAUUUUCAUAUUGUAUUUUGUAAAAAAUGAAAAUUUAUUAUGAUAAUAAUAGCAUUGAAUUUGGAUAUAAAAGUAGACAUCUCAUCUUCAUGCGUUGGCGGCUGUAGUAAUAGCUAAGUUAAUCAUAUUUGGAUUAGUCUCUUGGCUUCUCAAAGAGUAAGUUAUUAUAGUCGGAUGUUCUAUUUUAGUUUUUUAUUCCAUGAAAUUGAUUGGGGGCAUAAAAUAAUAUGCUUCCAAUAUUAUAUAUCCUUAAGAUUGCAAUAAGUUACUCUAACUUUUCCUCAGAUACAAUUUUGGUUUAGAAGAAAAAAGGAUUGUUGGUGUGUUACAACAGUUUAUUCUAAUUAUUCAGUGGUUCAACUGAACUGAGUUCUUCCUUAUUUUGAAACUGGUUAAGAGAGAGUCUACUAACAUCAAAUAUUCAAUCGUUCCUUUAUUUUGGCAAAUACCUGCAGCUAGUUUACAUCCCAUUGUAGUAUUCUAUCGUAAAUUUACUUAUUAGAAAACUUUUAAUAUUAUUUAUGUAUGUAAUGACCUAUGUAAUUA